UUAAACCACAUGGGGCCACAUGACUCUGCUGGGUGUGACGUUUGUCCUCAUGUAAAUAAUUAUUUUAACACUUUAUUUUAAUUGAGUGAAAGGGGGAAACAGAGUUUGUAAAGAUGUGGAGGCUGGAUUUGAGAAGGGAGGAGGGGGGUAUGCACAAACAGAGAGAGAGACAGAAAAUAAAGUGUUAAAACGUCUGUUCGCUCUCUCCAGUCUCAGCGCUGCUCAGUUUCUGCAGGAGCUUCUUCCCUCCAGGAUCGCCACUGGCGCCAGAUAUGAUCAGCCCACAUCCCAGUGAAGCCACGUCUCCCUGAACUGGGGUCCGUCCAGUUCUCCCCAUUUUUGUUUUUUCAUUGGAUAACAUGGAUUUCAACUAGUUUGAGUCAAAGAGGACCGACAGAGAGCAGGCUGAACAGUGGGGGGUUUCCGGGGGGUUUCGGUGCGUGGACGCAGCCUGCUGUGGAUAUGGGAGCGCGCGUCUGCCGGGGAGGAUUCGGACCCUGUGGAGGAGCCUCUUCCUGAAAGAGGAGCAAGCCCGUUUUCGGGCAUUUUUUAUUUUUUGUAUUAACUCUGUUAUUCCGGGGAGGGGGAGCUGCGAGUUUUACGCGCCGGAAUGAUGCGUCCCAACCGCGGCUUCAUCCUGCUCCUCCUCAACGGAACCGCUUGUUUGUCUCUCCAGGUGGUGUCGGGUCAGGAAGAGGACUAUUCCAGCCCGAAGAGCUCCUCCAGCGACUCCUCCAAGACGUUGGGUCUCCUGACCGGGCAGGCGUCCGUCUCCCCCCUGAGCCGCUGGAUGUUGCACAGUAAAAGCAGAGCCGCGAAUGCCACCUCCCUGGAGCUGCCCUACCAAAGCCCGGGCCCUUUCUCCAAGCAGGAGUUUUCCAAACAGGAGUUCUGGGAAAUGCUUGGCAGCGAUCUGCUCAAACCGGACUCCUCUGGCUCCAGGGUCAAACGCCGGCCCAUCGUUAAGACUGGCAAGUUCAAGAAGAUGUUUGGCUGGGGAGACUUCUAUUCCAAUAUCAAGACAGUGAGGCUCAACCUGCUGAUAACUGGAAAGAUCGUGGACCACGGGAACGGCACCUUCAGCGUCUACUUUCGACACAACUCAACGGGCCAGGGCAACAUAUCCGUCAGCCUGGUGCCGCCGGUCAAAGCCGUGGAGUUUGACCUGGAGCGCCAGAGCGUGGUGUACCCCAAGGACUCCAAGAUCUUCAACUGCCGGGUGGACUACGAAAAGGUGGAUCGCAGCAAGCGCACCUCGUUGUGCAACUACGACCCAUCCAAGACCUGCUUUCAGGAGCAGAUCCAGAGCCACGUGUCCUGGAUUUGCUCCAAGCCUUUCAAAGUCAUCUGUAUCUACAUUUCCUUUUACAGUACGGACUACCGCCUGGUGCAGAAGGUCUGCCCAGACUACAACUACCACAACGAGAUGCCCUACCUGCCCUCGGGCUAGAAACGACGAGAGGGGAGAGGACAUGGGGUGACCAAACUCUGGAAGAGGAAAACCACGGCUGUGAAUGCCAACAACAAACCUAUUUAAGAGAAAAAAAAGUAGCCUGACUAUUGUAACACGUUUAAGCAUAUAUGCAAAGUAAACACACCAGUAUGCAGAGGAGGGGGCUCUCCGGAUGCUCAAGGAAAACCUAGCAUCCCCAACAGAUUCUUACCUCGGUCCUGUUCCGAAACUUCUCUCCAGAAUCUCUGCCAUCCUUCAAGACGUUUCUGAAUUUUGUCCAAAUUUCUUUUUAAUUACCCUUCGCUAUGUCGCUCUUUGCAAAGUCGUAAAGGAGUCCAUGAAUCUGAAGUGGGCUUUUUAAUGGAACAACAUUCACUGGAGGCCCGCAGACAAAUUCAGGCUUUAUUACAAUCAUAAAGUGCUUAACUUCAUGUGCCCUCGAGUCACGGCUUUAACAUGCCACAGGAAACGUUUGGAACAGAUGGACGAGUGAGCGCAGAUUCAAACGACGCAUUUUAACCUCAACAUAUUCUUCAGCUGCUUCCACACGACAAACAAGACAAAUAAAUUGUCUAAAAAUUGUUCGGGGGCCAGAAGUUGGGAAGUGUGAGAGGAAUAACUAGAUUCUGCAGAUAGAAAGAGGCCCUCCACACUUAAGGUAGAGGAGUGAGAGAAGCUCUUUUAAUUAAAGUGGAGAAGAGACGAAAGUAUGCGGCGCCUUCCAUUGUCCCCUCUGCGUGAAAAAGAUUACAUUUUGUUGCCGUCAGGAUUCCUGAUUUCACGCUUUGAUAACUUUGACUGUGAGAGGGAGAUUGCUCUCUCUCGACAAAUACCGUGUUCGCUUAAGUCUGCGCGUUAUCUCCAACAGAUGAAAAUAUUAUCAUAAUAAUUACAUAUAAUUUAAUCUCCUUCUGAGCUAAUUAAGGUUUCAUCGAGAGGGCAAUCCAAAAAAAAAAAAAAA